UAAUGCACAUAAAAUGCAACCUUAUGAGAUCAAAAAUAAGUGCACGACUACUACUAACUACUGUUACUGAGCACAUCGAUAAGCAUGGAAGCUGCACAAAGCUGAUGGUUUAAUAUCUCGUCCACUGUCUCGCGGUGUUUUAGCGAGAGCUGCAGCAACUGCUAGCAAAUUCAAAAGUGUCCUCGUCGCUGUGGUGCCGUUUAAAAGGGUGGGGUUGCUGAACAGGCUCCGAUUGCGCCUGCUCGGUGUGUAGUCUGGGGGUGUGUGCUGCCCCGAUGGUUUAAAUCCUACACAUGCGUACUGGAUUUUCGGGGUUCAAGGGAAUACGCACGCCAUAUUGGAAACACUGUAUAGUUUAGCUAACAGUUUAUAGCUAGCGGGGAAAAAGGGCCACUAAUUGAUUCCCGUUGGUCUGUUGUGGUGUUCGGCACGUCGACAUUUUCCCUGUCGUUUCGCGUAGCCCCAUUUACAGGCACGUCCUCGCGGCCCGGACUCAAACUUAUCCGCGGAGCGAAGGAGGGGGAAAAGGCGUUCGUUUGUUUGACAGGGUUAAAAAGACGAGUUGAAUGGAUCCGAGGGUCGCUUGGAUUCAGCCGGAACAGAAAGGUCCUGCGAACGCUUUAUGGAUGCGUGUGUGGGAAACGUCUCAGGUAAACCGGACUAACACAGGUCAGCACCAGAACCACCAUCACCACCACCACAACUUCUGUGUCAAUUCUCCGGCGUUUGACGUUUAUAAGACUGUGGCGUCCAAUGCAAACAACAGCACUAACAUCAAAAACAACGGCACUGCGAUCCCGGGCAGCGGCUCCGCGGUUCUCGCAUUAAAUGGGAACGCGGUAGACGGAGAAAUGUCCCAAAAGACCGGCGGCUCGGUGGUGGAUUCAGCGUCCAGCUGCACUAGAAUAAGGACUACAAGCCCUAAUGUGAUCGCUGGGAAUAUGAAUAAGGGCCAGCCGUUUUUUACUUUAAACGAGAGCGUACUGAAUAAUGUCAACCACCAUCAUCACCCUCCUCAUCCUCAUCUACGGCAUUUCCAUCAAGAGCAGCAGAGUUGCAUGAAGCGCCACCCGUCCUAUCCGACGGCGAUUCACAACCACCAUCACCACCACCAUCACCCAGGCCGAAGGAAAAGCGACAAUAAGGCCAGCACCUACGGGAUAAACUACUUGCUUUCCAACUGGACUAACGGCAAUUAUGAGAGCUCCGGCACGCCGUGGAAGACGAGGAAAUAUAGCCCAGGGGUUGACGGGUUACAUGAAGAAAUCAUGGACUUUUACAAUUUCAUGUCUCCUCGUCCUGAAGAGGCCACCAUGAGACAGGAGGUCGUGGACAGGAUAGAGUCUGUCAUCAAGGAGUUGUGGCCAACCGCUGAUGUUCAGAUUUUUGGCAGCUUUAGCACUGGACUCUUUCUCCCAACCAGUAGUGACAUUGACCUGGUGGUGUUUGGGAAAUGGGAGAAACCUCCCCUGCAGCAGUUGGAGCAGGCUCUCAGAAAACACAGUGUGGCUGAGCCCUAUUCCAUCAAAGUCCUCGACAAAGCUACGGUACCAAUCAUCAAACUGACAGAUCAGGAGACUGAGGUGAAGGUGGACAUCAGUUUCAAUGUGGAGACGGGCAUCAAAGCUGCUAGCUUCAUCAAAGAAUAUGUGAAGAAGUAUACCGUGCUGCCUUAUUUAAUCUUUGUGCUGAAACAGUUCCUGCUGCAGCGUGACCUUAACGAAGUUUUUACAGGAGGAAUCAGCUCCUAUAGUCUCAUCCUGAUGGUCAUCAGUUUCUUACAGUUACACCCAAGAAUUGAUACUAGGAAUCCUAACAUGAACCUUGGUAUUCUGCUCAUCGAGUUCUUUGAGCUGUACGGAAGACACUUUAAUUACCUGAAGACGGGCAUCAGGAUAAAGAAUGGUGGCGCUUACAUGGCUAAAGAAGACAUCAUGAAAGCCAUGAGCAAUGGCUACCGGCCCUCCAUGCUGUGUAUUGAGGACCCUCUUCUUCCAGGUAAUGAUGUGGGCAGAAGCUCUUAUGGUGCCAUGCAGGUGAAGGAGGCGUUUGACUAUGCGUACAUAAUACUGAGUCACGCCGUUUCACCUCUCGCACGUUCUUAUCCUAACAAAGACAGUGACAGCACUUUGGGCCGCAUAAUUAAGGUCACCCAGGAGGUCAUUGACUACAGGGAGUGGAUCAUAAAGAAGUGGGGUGGCAGACACAACUCACGCAUUGAGAGGAACCCAGGUUCUUCUCAUAAGGAGCAUGUGGAUCAGGUGGAGACGGGCUCACUGCUAGGUGUAGGUGUGGAGGAGCAGCAGCAGAGGGAUUCUGUUUCUCCUCACAGCGCAGACUCUCCGAUGUCUCUGUCCAGUCCUCAACAGCACUCCUCUGCUUCAUCUGCAUCUUCACUGUCAGGCAGCGAUAUUGACUCUGACUCCACACCGUAUGUCGCUCCACCUGUAGCCCCUUUCCCUCUCCAGAUUCUUGCUCCGGGGCCCUUGCCACCAGCGCUUCAGAUGGGCAAAGCCAGCAUCGCGGCAGCACUUGGCAUGCCUCCAGUCACCCAGGCGAGAGUGUCAAUCCCAGGCAAUCUUUCUCUCCACACUCUACCUGGCAGACAGGUGUGUAUGGCAGAUGGGCCUCCCUCAUACCUCCACAUGCCCCCCCCUGCAGUCCCCCCAGCUCCCCCCAGCCCUCUACCCAGUCCCCUUCACCAUCCCAAGGCAGGUCCCAAGUUCCCUCUAAAGGGCUUCCACAAUCCCGCCGUGGUGCACAGUCCUGUCCUUUCCAACCGAGGCCACAUUCAGUACAACCGCAACACGUGGCGCCGCAGGAAGAGGGACAGUUUGCCGGCCAGCGUCAGCAGAUAAAGACACUUUCCCCUCCACUCGCUUCCUUUCCCACCCAUCUGGUCCCAUCCUAACCCGAUGAGAACUCAUUGAGCCCUCCUACUGAUGCCGAGAGCGCAGACAGACCAGCGUUUGAACCCAGCUCCUCCUUCAGUAGUUGUGGUGAUUGGUGGUGCUAAGUAGUUCAGUCUGCCACUGAAUCUGUGCAUGUAAAUGUUGACACUUUUUUUGACCUGUGCAAUCUUCCUGAGGAAGCUUCGAGAACAGGAACUGUUUUUUCGGGCAUCUACUCUACAACUUCCAGGUUGGCAGGUGAAACGUUCCUUUUUUUUUUUUUUUUUUUUUUUGUGAGUGUGUUUUCAGAUUUUCAGUCAAAACGGGACACCCUUCACAUGCUGGACGAACUUGAUUCAGUGGAUUACAAGUUUGUUUGUUUGUUUUGUUUGUGGUGUUGGGUGAGGAUGUAUGUGUAUGUGUAUGGUAUGUAUGUAUGGUAUGUAUGCAUGUAUGUAUGUAUGUAUGUGUGUGUGUGUGUGAGACGCUGGCUUCAAAUCCUGCACUCGAGAUGCUUCCAGAGACUUCCACCGUAUUGACUGUACACCUCACGCAAACUUUACUUUGUUUUUUUUGUGCAAUAGUUUUCUUUUGUUCUCUCUGGAAACGUAUUUAAAUUUGAUUUCUUUGUCUGAC